AUGCCCAGGAAGAAGGCGGUGGCGGCGGCCUGGGAGGAGCCGAGCUCGGGCAACGGCACGGCCCGUGUGGGGCCCAGGAAACGCGGCGGCCCGGCGGGCAGGAAGCGCGAGCGGCCUGAGCGCUGCAGUAGCAGCAGUGGCGGCGGCAGCAGCGGCUACGAGGACGGCCUGGAGCUCGACUGGGCCCCCGGCGGCGGCAAGCGAGCGGCGCGGCUGGUCAUCACCGAGCCCGAGCACACCAAGGAGCGCGUCAAACUUGAAGGGUCUAAGUGCAAAGGUCAACUUUUGAUUUUUGGGGCAACCAACUGGGACUUGAUUGGUCGUAAAGAAGUGCCUAAGCAACAACUUCUUGAUGAGAGUAUUUACCAAGGAGGAGUUUUUGAGCAAACUCUUCCUUGCUGGGGGCGGAAUGAGAAGGGGCAGCUGGGCCAUGGGGACACCAAGAGGGUGGAAGCUCCGAGGCUGAUCGAGGGCCUCAGCCAUGAAGUGAUCGUGCCGGCCGCCUGUGGGCGCAACCACACCCUGGCCCUGACGGAAACGGGCUCCGUAUUCGCUUUUGGAGAGAACAAGAUGGGGCAGCUGGGCCUGGGCAACCAGACCGACGCUGUCCCCAGCCCUGCGCAGAUAAUGUACAACGGCCAGCCAAUUACCAAAAUGGCCUGCGGGGCGGAAUUCAGCAUGAUAAUGGACUGCAAAGGGGAUCUCUAUUCCUUUGGGUGCCCUGAAUACGGCCAGCUGGGGCACAACUCGGACGGGAAGUUCAUUGCCCGGGCGCAGCGGAUAGAGUACGACUGUGAGCUGGUGCCCCGGCGAGUGGCUAUUUUCAUCGAGAAAACAAAGGACGGGCAGAUCCUGCCCGUGCCGAACGUGGUGGUACGAGACGUGGCCUGUGGCGCCAACCACACGCUGGUCCUGGACUCCCAGAAGCGCGUCUUCUCCUGGGGCUUCGGGGGCUAUGGCCGCCUGGGCCACGCGGAACAGAGGGACGAGAUGGUGCCUCGCCUGGUGAAGCUGUUUGACUUUCCGGGCCGUGGAGCCUCCCAGAUCUAUGCCGGCUACACGUGCUCCUUUGCUGUCAGCGAAGUGGGUGGGCUAUUUUUCUGGGGGGCCACCAAUACCUCCCGAGAGUCUACCAUGUACCCGAAAGCAGUGCAGGACCUCUGUGGCUGGAGGAUCCGGAGCUUGGCUUGUGGGAAGAGCAGCAUCAUUGUGGCAGCUGACGAGAGCACCAUCAGCUGGGGCCCGUCGCCGACCUUCGGGGAGCUGGGCUAUGGGGACCACAAGCCCAAGUCUUCCACUGCGGCCCAGGAGGUGAAGACGCUGGAUGGCAUCUUCUCAGAGCAGGUGGCCAUGGGCUACUCGCACUCUUUGGUGAUUGCCCGAGACGAGAGCGAGACUGAGAAGGAGAAGAUCAAGAGGCUGCCGGAGUACAACCCGCGCACCCUCUGAGCGGAGCCGCGCUCCGCCCGCCCUGCGGCAGCUGUCAUUUCCACAAUGCACUGGGACAGGACGUCAGACGAGGAAUUUUUAAGAAGCGAGAGUUGACCGAAGAUGCAUUUCUGUUAGCCUCCCCAAGGUUUUGUUUUCUAAGUGAUUCAACAUUAACUACCUUUUUUCUGUAUGCUUUCCAAAGUGGUUUUUUUCCCCCAAUGUUUAAUUAAAAUAUUUGCUCAUA